AUGCCGUCGGGGAAGAUCAAGAAGUUCUUCGAGGACAAGGGUUUCGGCUUCAUCACUCCUGACGACGGUAGCGAUGACGUGUUUGUGCAUCGCAAAGUGCAUGGGGAUGGCCAAGAUCGCACCGCGUAUUUGGAAGAGGGUGAUUCCGUCACGUACGAGGUAGAGUGGGACGACCGCAAAGGCAAGUAUUCAGCCUCGUCUUGCGACGGCCCCUGGAAGACAGGCGGCGGUGGUGGAGGCGGUGGUUGGGGCGGUGGCGGUGGAGGCGGCUGGGGCGGUGGAAAGGGCGGUGGGAAAGGGGGGGGGGUGGCCGGCGCACGCAGCACUCUGUGUGAUGAGCGGGGGGCCUCAGGAGACUUGCGUACACCCUGCCAGACA